GACGAAAGAAAACUGUGGCAUAUUCGGUCAUCGAUUUGACACAAAGCUUAAAGAGAUUUUGUGUAGUGACGAGGUCAUUUGAGUCUUCCACGGAAUUAAAGUAAAAAUUAAAAUUAACUAGAAGCCCAUAGUUUACGAAAUACUAAAAAUCCAAAAUAAUUCCGUGUCUUUAGAGAGAUAUUUAGCUCUGGUGAAUAAAAAGUGUUAAUAAGUAAAUAAAAAAUGCAAAAUUUUGGAAAUGAAGAAUACAAUUAUGGUGGUGGAGGUGGUGGAUUUAAUGAUGGGACGGAAAAUAAUCAGGGAAGAUCGUUACCACAAGUACCAGGUGCAAGACCGAUGGUUGAUCCCGAAGCACUUGGGGAAGUUGACCCAUCGGUUUACGGUGCACCCAAAGAAGCGACACACAAAAUCCGUGGAAAAAAUGAUUUUUUAGAAUAUCUAUUUGGUUCUGUUGAUCAAGAAUUACUGACUGUUAAAACAUUUUACUUUUUCUUUUACUCGGCGUUCGGAUCAUUGUUUCCACUUAUGGGUGUUUAUUUUAAACAAAUGGGAAUGAAUGCAGGACAGUGUGGUCUAUUAAUUGGAUUAAGGCCAUUUGUUGAAUUUUUAAGCGCACCUUUUUGGGGCUCACUCGCUGAUAGAGAACCAUUUAAAUUUUACAGGUGGCAGAAAGGAAAGAUAAUUUUGCUCGCGUCAUUGGCAUGCUGGAUUAUAUUUACUCUACCACUGGGUUUCGCCCAACCACCAGCAACUUCCUGUAUCAUGGAAAAAAAUGGUACAUGGAGAUUAGAAGUACCUGAAGUCGGUGGACGUAGCAAAAGAUCUGUAGAUGAUAAGGAUUAUUAUCAGAAAAAUGAUGAUAAUGAAGACGAAAAUCUCGAGGUCGCGGCUAAUGUCGUUUUUGAAAGGCUGCGGCGAAGUUCAAAUGAUAAUAAGGUAGUUAAUAAAUUACGUGUCAGGGGUAAUAGACUUAAAAGAACAGUAAGUGGUGCUGAUAGCAGUAGCGGUGAUACAACUGAUUUGAAGUAUAAACAAUUCGUUCCGGAAGAUGCGCCGGAAGUAGAUCCCAAUGCGAAGGAAAUCGAUUUUCGUAUUAUCGCAAAGCAGAAUCGUCCCGCUGAUGUUCUUGAGUACAAACGAUUUUUAAAAAAUGAACCACUUGACGAAUCGAGGCCACCGAAAAAAGCCCACACCCGAACGAAAACGCGUUCGAAACCCGUUCGUACCAAAGUUAUGGUGAAACGGCAAACUGACCAAUUGCAUGACGAUUUCUUCACCGGAAACAGCGACGAAACUUACGAAACUGACAAUCGGUUAAAAAUGAAACUAAAAAAGUAUUCCAAAGCUCCAAUUUAUCCAGAUGACAGCGACGAUAAUGAAAAAUUGAAUGACGAAGAAGAAGAUCAACAGCGCGAAAAAGAAAUCGAAGAGGAAGAAGAAGAGGAUGAUGAUGACGAAAUGGAUGAAGAUUCUGACGAAGAAGAAAUUGACGUUCCAUUAAUCCGUAGGCGUAGAAGUUUACGUUUUCCCCAUCUGCCAUUGGGUCGCAGUCCAUUGCCGGUUAAUUUCGCUGUCAAUUAUGACGAAAAAGAGAAUAAGGAUUGGGUUAAACCGCAAUUUAGUUCCAUUGUCUACCGACUGCCGGAUAUCCAAAAAACGUUCUUUCUUCUGCUACUCUUAGUUCUAGUUGGAGAAUUUUUCUCAGCACCGGCAAUCACUUUGGCUGAUUCAGCUGUAAUUACUCUUCUUGGUGAAGACGCCGAUCGAUACGGACACCAGAGAAUGUUCGGAAGUUUGGGCUGGGGUCUAGCCAUGUUUUUUGUUGGUAUUGCUUUAGACCACAGCACGUCAUUCCCAGAUCAUCCCUGCGGUCCAGGGCCAAAAGAGAAAAAUUAUACAAUAUGUUUCGCGAUAUUCAGUGUACUAAUGGGCGCUGCGUUGAUCACAGCCACGCAGAUUAAUUUCAAAUAUGAAUUCAUUGCUACCGAAACAGAAGUGGAUAAAGCACCAGCUGAACCAACUCGUGAAGAACAAUUGCAAAGUCAAUUGUCACAACAAUUAAAUCUUCCAGGAUUGCAAGAUUCAUCCGCGCAACCGCUACCGAAACCUCAACCACCUGAGGGAAAAACUAAAAUGUUUGCUCAAACAACCAGAGAAAUACCAGAAUGGGUUACAGUUAUAAAACAAUUUAAAGAUCUUAAAUGCGCGUCAUUUUUAUUUGUCGCUUGGUUUAUGGGUUUUGGAAUUGGUUUAAUAUUUACAUUCUUAUUCUGGCAUCUACAAGACUACGGUGGUACACCAACACUAUUUGGCGUUGCAUCAGUAAUCAAUCACAUUUCGGAAAUAUUUGCUUACUUCUUCAGUUUUAAAUUGAUUCGUCAAAUCGGUCAUGUUAAGGUGCUCUGUCUUGGUCUAUGCGGUAACAUCAUACGGUUUCUCUACAUCUCAUGGUUAAAAAACCCAUGGUGGGUGUUACCAUUUGAAUUUAUGCAAGGAAUAACUCAUGCUGCUGUUUGGGCAGCUUGUUGCAGUUAUAUAGCACACAAUACACCCCCGCACUUAAGGUCAAGUGCUCAGGGUGUGUUACAAGGACUUCACCAUGGCUUAGGACGUGGUUGCGGUGCUGUUAUUGGUGGAAUGUUUGUGGCCAGUUAUGGAACAACCGCAACAUUUCGUGCCUAUGGUCUUAUUUGUGCCCUUGUACUCGCUGCCUUCAUAUUUAUUAAUUUCUACAGAAAAGAUACCGGAUUUAUUGCGGAUUUACCCCAAACUGAAGAUCCGCAUCAGGUUGCCGAGGCAACACAUUUGGCGCCACAUGGUGUGCCUAGUAAUGCUAUACCACGGGCUCUGAGUUCAAGUAGACUUCAUGAACUUGCUCAGGAUCCAGGUUAUGGUGCCACUUAUCAAACAACUGGGGGAAACCUUAACGUACCCGGUGGAAACGGCGGUUCUAAUCCAACGAAUCCAUUCCUAAGCGGCGGAGGUAAUACUGGUGGAAACGUCGGAGGCAAUUACAAUUACGGUAGGACCGGUAAAGGAGAGGACGAGUUCAUUCGUAGGAGCUUCCAGAUUUACAGUGAAGUAGUGGACAAUGAAUUUGAAGAAAUGAAACCACCAGCCGUUACGACACAUUUACAUGUUCAACAACCAUGUACUAAUCCAUUUCACCAGCAUGAUUACGAAUGGUAACCAUACAAAUUUUAAGUAAAAAAAAAGAAAUCUUAACAGAGUAAAAAUUAAUAAUCCUAUUUUAUUCUAACCUCAAAUAUUUUAAAGAAGAAAAAAGAUCUGUUAUUAAUGAAAAAAUUUAAACUAUAAAUUGAUUGAUUAGAUGCAAUUGAUUUUUUAAAAUUAGGAUAGAGUUUUAUAACUCCGUAGUUGGGAAUAAAAUAACACAAGUAAAUGAGAGAAUACUCGAAUAGAAAGAAAAUAAUAAUUUUUGAAUAAAAAUAAUUUUCCACAUAAAAUUACAUGAAACUGUUAUCAUAUCAUAGUUAAAUUUUUUUUUUGAAUUAUUGAAUGAAUAUACUGACAAUGGUCCAUAUUGUAACGAAUCUAACGAAAAAAUGCCAUCCGUAUUGCGAAAUAAUUAUUUUAAAAAUUAAUUUAUUACACUGUAACAAAUCAAUAUAAUUUUCUUCCGUGGCAGAAAUAUUUUAUAUAUAUAUAUAUAUAUAUUUUAAAUGACUUUUUUAUGAAUCGCACGACUCAUGACGCGAAGCAUCAGUGUGCUUUACGAUCGAAAAAUUAAUAGUUUUCGUUUCAAAAAGAACUUGAAAAUAUUCUUUACUCAAAUUUUAUCGGCUAAUAAUUUGUAUCUUUUUUUUUUAUUUUGGAAAUUUCAUAAAAUAUUUAAAAAAAUAUCAAUCUUUAUAAAAUCACUCAAUUUGAUUUUUUACAGUGUAUAUAAAUUAUUGCAACGUACUAACGAUCGAUUGAAAGUUAAAAAAAAAAAAAUUAUAUGCCAACUCAUUGUAAAUUAUUUUUUUGUGUUGAAAAAUGACCAAGGUAAGAGACCCAGUACCCGAUCAAGAAACUAGUACCCGAUCACUCAUGACUUUGUAUAUCUAUCCCUAGCGGAUCCAAAUUACGGUAAAUUACCGUAGUUUAUUGCAAAAGAUCGUAAUUUACGGUACAUAUAUGGAAAAAUACCCAAAUUUACGAUCUACGGAAUAAUUACCGUAAAAUACGAUAUUUUACCGUAAGGUACGGCAUUAUACGGAAAAAUACCGCAGUGUUACCGCAGUUUAACCGUAAGUAGCCGUACCUUACGGUAAAAAUGUCGUAUUUUACGGUAAUUCGGAUGAGUGCCGUAAAUUACGAUAAUUACAGUAAUUUACCGUAAUUCAGAUCCGCUAGGUAUGUUCACUAAAUAUAGAUAUACAAACACAUGAAGUGAUCGAUUAUUAGUUCCCUGAUCGGGUACUAGGUCUCUUAUUUUAAAUAAAAACAAAUAAUAAGAUUAUCAUAGAAGCGCGAUUGUAAAUAACAAUAAUAGAGGAGAUAAUAAUAAAAAAAAUUUAUAAUAAAAUAAAAAUUAAUAGAGAGAGAGUAAAAAAAACCCUAUAAAAAAAUCCACAUGGGAUUGCAUGGAAAACCAUAGGAAUUUAUAUCCCUAGCGGAUCCGAAUUACGUAAUUUAUCGCCAUUUGCCGUAAAUUACGGCAUUCUACGGUGAAAACGCGGUAAUUUACCGCAUUUUUAGACAAAUUCACGAUAAAAUUGCGGCAAUUAUCCGUAAAUUUGCGGCAAUACUGCGGUAUCUUACGGUAAAGGCGCAGUAACAUUGCGGUAUUUUUCGGUAAUUCUUCUGAAUACUAUAAAUUACGGUAUUUUGCUGUAUUAGACCGCAAAUUACCGUAAUUUGCGGCAAAUUUGCAAUACAAUAUGAUAAUUUACCGUAAUUGGGAUCUGCUAGGGCAUAGGAAUUUAUAUCCCUAGCAGGUCAGAAUUACGGUAAUUUACUGCCAUUUGCCAUAAAUUACGGCAUCCUACGGUAAAAUGCGGUAAUUUACCGCAUUUUGGAAACAGUCAAGAUAAAAUUGCGGCAAUUAUCCGUAAAUUUGCGGCAAUACUGCGGUAUUUUACGGUGAAAGCGCAGUAACAUUGCGUUAUUUUACGGUAAUACUUCUGAAUACUAUAAAUUACAGUAUUUUGCCAUAUUAGACCGCAAAUUACCGUAAUUUGCGGCAAAUUUGCAGUACAAUAUGAUAAUUUACUGUAAUUGGGAUCUGCUAGGGAUAGAAAAUUAUGGAAUUAUAUACGAACCCAUAGGAAUUAAUACAGAAGUGUAUGGGCUUAUGUAAGAAUCUAUGGUCUCUGGAUUUCCAUACGGGACAUCUACCUAUGAAACUGUGGGUACCUGGAUUCCCAUGAAGAUUUUUUUGAUAGGGAACGGAUUGGACGAUCCUUACAACAACACGCCUACAAAUUAUUUAUUAAUAAAUAAUUAAUUGAAAAAUAAAGAAAACCAACUGAUUAAUUAUAUUUAAUAAUUAAACUAAAUUAUUAUUACCAAUGAAUAUUAUAAAUAUAUAUAUGAAUAUAUAUUUAUAUAUAUAUAUAUAUAUUAUGUAUAUUAUAAAUAACGUAUUAUUAGUAAUAGAUAUCAAUAUUAAUGAGCAGUUCGUUAUUUAAAAAAAAAGUGUGUUAAUUAUUGAUUAAUUAACAGUUAUUAUGAAUUAUAUUAAUUAUGUAAUUUGUUGAGUGAGUGAUGAUUAAGAAAAAGCCUUCGCACUCUUAAAGGCACAAAAAAAAUUAAUAAAUGAUUUUAAAAAAAUGCGGUUGAUUAAUAAUGAUUAAUGAUUAAUUAUUAAUGAGUGAAUAAUAAUUAUUUAAAUUUAGAAAAUUUAUUUAUAAUAAUUAAAAAUGUAUCAUUAAUGCAAUGUUUGCCUUUUAUUGUUAUAAUAAUUAUUGUAAAAUUGAUUAACUAAUUAAUGAUUUUUAUUUGAUUUAAAAAAAUUUAAAUAUAAAAAUAAGAUUGAAAUAUUAAAUUUAAAUAUAAAUUAUUAAAUUUAUUUUUUAAUAAUAAAAAUUAUAAAUUAUCUGACACAACCGAAGUCCAUUAACUCGGACAAUUCGUCUACAGAGGAACAGAAAUUUCCUGUAAAUUACGACUCAUCGAAUGCCCUCUCUCCUUUACAGACUAAACUACACGCAUGCGCGCUUACAAUCUUAUUUACACGCAUGUAAACAAAUAUAACUCGUAGUGGGGGUAAAGUUCCGAGUUAAUGGAAUCCGACUUAAUGGAAUUCGAAUGUAAAUAUAAAAUUACGUAUAAGACGCUCGCGUAUUAAAAACUCCGCCCUAACCUCGGGUGUAAAUCUUCACGAUUCGCGUCUUAUGCAUAAUUGCACUAGAUGUAUAAAUUACUAUUAUUGUUAUUAUUCGAAGCUGUAAACAAAAAUAAACCGAGAUUGUUAAGACCUCUGUUAUAUAUUUUACUCGGUAAUAUUUUUAAAUUUGACUGUAUUUAAAUUUUCUAGUACAUAUUUAUUUAUUUAUUUAUCACAUGUAAUGUAUUCAGCUUGCAUUCGAAAUUUGGCAAUCAGUAAAUUAGGAAAUUUCAUCGAUGAAUUUUUUUUUAAUUUUUAAUUUAUACGAUCUGUUAAAAAUUGUUUUUGCUUUAAAAAAAAAAAAAAAAAAAAAUCAGGAAGUUGAAAAUUAAUAAAAUAUUUCGUCUUACGUAUUAUAUAAUUUUAUUAACCAUUUUAUUAAUUAAUUACUUAUUAUUUAUCUGAAUUUAUAAAUUAAUGAUACAAUUUUUUUGUUAACACACGUGUAUCUAAAAUAAUUGAACAAAAAAGUUUUAAUUUUAGCAAACAAUCGAUACAUAUCAAUUAGCGAUUAAGUUUAAGCUUUUAAUGUCAUGAUGUAAUAAGGAAAAAUAAUGAAUGAGUAAGAAAGUAAAAAAAAACAUUAUUAAUACCUUAAUUUCAUGUAAAUCCAUUAUCAUUAGAUCAUUUUUCAUCCAUAGUGGGAUGUAGAUAAGCAAUAACGUGUCAACCCUCAAAAAAUUAAUUUUUGAUAUUUUUGUACCAAAUUAUUCCUUAGUAACUAAGAAAUUAUCCUGCGAGAGAGUCCUCGAGUGUACUUCGGGUUUUGUCGGUUUCUACUCCCACUAGAUGUUCCGUGGGCUGCAUGUUCUCCCACUUUUUCUUACGCAUGCGCGGAGUAGAAAUUAUCAGUAGUGGGGGAACCCCGAAGUUCAUUCCGUCUCGGAGAGAAGUUCAUGUACAUCGUUCUCGUAAGUGAAUUGAAAGUCCUGGAGCUAGAAAACAGCGGAAGUUUUGGUGCUGGCUCACAGAGUCAACCAUUUUCGAAAUUUUUUAAAAAUUACAAUAUAGAGCAGUAAGGAGAGGGAUUAAGGUCAACUUUUUCAUUGAAAAAGUAAUAAAUUACGUAAUAAAAAGGCUUAUAAUAUUUUUAUAGUACAAUAGAGUAUUUUAUUCAACAUUUUUUUUGUUUCAUUAGUCGCUGAGUAAAUUAUUUGAUUAACAGGUUUAUUAAUUACGUAUUGCUGAUUGCUAAAAAUUAAAGAAUUAAAUAAAAUAAAUAUAUGUCAACAGAUAUGACGAUACAUAAUAUAUCCUCUCAUCAAUCAUAGUGUUAUAUAUAUAUAAUAUAUAUUUGUUAGGUCAAUAUAAAGCAUCAUAAGUAAUUAAAUAUCAUCGAUUCUGUCCAUGCAUAUUUAUUUUUAGGAACUAUGCAUAGAAAAAUAAAAAUAAUUAUAUCUUUGUACUUUUUCCAAAUAUCGUGAUUAGGGUGCGUCAUUUUGGAACAACAAAAAAAAAUCUUGAUCACAGACCUAGCUCUCAAAAAAAUCUUACUUCCCUUGAAUAGCACAGAAAUUUUUUUUUUUACUUUCAGCAAAAGUAUUUGGUUUCUAAAAAAUUUGAACCGCAGAUUUUAAAAGCCAAAUUCCCAUUAAAAUUUGAUAUCUUGCUCUGAAACGACGCGCCCUGAUUUUUAUCCAGACACUAUCCGAAAAAUUCCUAUAGAAAUUCACAUGAAUUAGCCGAAAAUAACAUAGAAAUCCAUAGAUUCCUCUAGAUCCCCAUGAGAAUUCAUAGAAGUCAUGGGACCUUAGAGGCCUACGGGAAUAAUUUCUUAUCUCAAUGACUUCGGUUAUAAUCCACAGGUUUUCACAUAGGAAAUUUUUCUUUGAUUCGAAAACACCAUAGGAGUCUUUGGAGAAAGAAAUGGAAUAUCUUUAUAGGAAGCCAUAAGAAUUCCUAAGCAAAAUUCUAUAUAAUUUUUCCAGAGAGUGUAUCUUAUA